AUGGAAUGUAUCCUACUAUGGAUCCGAAGUAUUCUGGAAGUCAAAAUCACAACUCUCGAAGAACUUUAUGUUGAAGAAUCGAGGAUUCCCAGAGGAAGAUCAGAUAAAUACGAUGAAGUCAUUUCUCAAAGUAUUAGAGACAGUGUUAUACAAUUCCUUCAAGAACUCGAGCAAUUCGGCAUAAAGUUCUCUAAAAAUCAGAGGUCCAUCCUGACCUCUGACACAAACACUCUUGUUCUAGGAAGGUCUGGUACUGGUAAAACUACAGUUUCGGCCUUUAAGAUCAUAGCGCUCGAUCUGAUCACGAUGGUAUUUAAUAAGUACAAGCUGAAUAAUAACAAUAUUACCAAGCUUAACGCUAAAGAUUUAGAGGAUUUUACCAGAUGCAGAACUGUGUUUUGCACUGCUUCACCUGUACUCACUAAUGAAGUUAAAAGAUUCUACAAAGAUUUGAUCUCGUGAAUCAAGAAAGUACUGAACAAGAAAGAAGCUAGUAAAGCAAAGAGUUCUGGAGUAAUUGAAGAAAGUACUUCUGAUAAUGAUAAGAAAUUGAGAGACGGAAUCAUCGAGACUCUACAAAGAGCAAAGCAAGAUGUCAUAGAAGACCUUGAAAUGGAGAAGCAGAUGGUCAGAUAUGGCAGCCUCAAUAAAGUUCCUAAACAGAACUUUCCUUUGUUCCUUACCGUUAAGAAGCUAGUCUACAUGCUUGACGGAGGAUGCAGAACAUCUUUCUUCUCAAGAGACAAAGAUUCCAACAUUAUUGGAAUGGACUCUUCGAAUGAAUGGCACAAUGAAAAUAAAGAAGGAGCUCUAAUGAUCAAUCAGUAUCAAAAGGAGUCCUUUGAUUUUGACAACACUAUCAAGGAAGUAGGCAAAGAAAUGAUUCAAGCUGAAGAUAUGGAUGAUGAACAGAAAAUCAAAUUCCUUCAGAGCCAAGGAAUCGAUAUUAAAGAUGAAGAAAUUGACGCCUUUAUGGCUAUGAAAGAGCCUAGUUUUAAGAAGAGAAAGUCUAAAAAUAUGACUUCUGAAGAAUAUCUCAAACAAAAGAAUCAAGAGAAGGGUACUAAGAAAUCUAAAUUAAGUAUUAACCAGCAAAUGUUCUCAAGAGAAGUUGACUUCGAAAUGUUUGAGUCUAGGUUCUACAACAAACACAAGGGAUCUCUCAAAUUGUCUGCUCUUAAGGUAUGGACUGAGAUUUACUCUGUUAUCAAAGGCGGUCUUAACUCAUUAAUGUCUAUUAAAUACUACCAAGCUGAUAUUCUUGAGUAUCGGGAAUACUGAGAGAUCAAAAGCACAAUAGAUAACUUCGAGUCACCAGAAGAGAAAUACAAACUUUACCUAAUCUAUCUACAAUAUGAAAAAUGGAAGGCACGCAAUAAUUUGUAUGAUUUCAUGGAUGUUGUGAGACAUAUCUUUUAUAAUUCGAACUUGAAUCUUAAUCAAAAAAUUAAAUACUUAGUAAUUGAUGAAGUUCAGGACCUCGCUCCUCUCACAAUCCAAUUAUUGUUAUUGACUACUUCUGAAAAUAUUUUCUUCUGAGGUGAUACAGCCCAGACUAUCGCAAAAGGAGUAGCUUUUAGAUUUCAUGAUUUAAAGCCUGUCUUCAUUAACCAGAGAAAAGCAUCUAAUUUCUACCAAAGACUUGUCAGUAGCGAGGAAGAGAAAAUGCUCAAAGCAAUGAAAUUAGAAAAAUAUUCACAGACUCCGAAAUUAACCAAAGAAGAAAAAGCCAAGAUAGAGCAAAAAGCACUGAAGGCAUAUGAGCCUAGAGUUGUUCAGUUGACUAAGAACUACAGGUCUCAUAAUAAGAUCCUUCAGCUUGCCAACUCAGUUAUUGAUAUUGUUGAGCUCUACUUUCCUCAAACCAUUGAUAAACUUCAGCGUGAGAGGAGUGAGUUUGACGGUCCUAAGCCUAUCAUUCUUGAAGGAUUUGACCAUGAUGACCUUGAGAAGCUGAUGAUGGCAUCUAGCCAAUCUAGCAAUCCUUCGUUUGGAUGAAACCAAGUAGUAAUCGUCAAGAGCCAAGAUAUGAAAAGCAAGCUCCCUUUCUUCAUGAAGAAGGCACUCUGCUUGACUGUUUAUGAAGCCAAGGGACUUGAGUUUGAUGAUGUCAUUCUGUACGACUUCUUUUCUGAGUCCCAGUGUAAAGGUCCAUGGAGGAUCAUUGGAGAUAUUGAAUGUUCAAAAGAAACCGUUCAGAAAGUAAAAAUUCAAGAAAACCUAACCAUCAAUGAGCUAGACUCCAAAGAGUACAACAAGCUCAUUACUAGGCUUAAAAAUGAAGAGUCCAAAGACGACUCUAUUGAGUAUGAGGAAAUCUCAGUGCUGAAGUCAGACAAGAAGCUCAAAGAAAUGGAUAGGAAGUAUGGAAUUCUGAAUGUUGAGUUGAAGUAUCUUUAUGUGUCCAUCACAAGACCCAAAACUAACUUGAUUAUUUAUGACUCAGACCCUACCAAUAGAGCUCCCAUGACCCACUAUUGGGACUCUCAAGGCCUCAUUGAUAUUGUCAAAAAGGGUCAGGAGAAAGACCACCCUGUUCUCAGUAAAGCAUUUGAGAUAACUGAAGAUGAAGAAGUUAUCAAAGAAAAGUGGAGAGCUCUCGGAAUCAAACUUCUUAAAAAGAAGUAUUACGAUUCAGCCAAGAAAUGCUUCUCUGAGUCUGGAGACAAAGACUUAGAGAUCAGAUCUCAAGCUUACUGGGAUGCCGACGAGGCCAACAACUUGCUAAGUGAGUCUGAGACUCUGCUAUUCCAGGCUAAGAAUGAUAAACUACUCACAAAGUUUAAAAAGAGAACCAUGAAGAAGCAAGGUAAAGAUUACAAGAAAGAAGCCUUGAAAAGAUUCAGAUCGGCUGCCUAUCAUUUCGAGCAGAUCAAAUCAUACAGAAGUGCAGCACAAUGCUACUAUACAUGUAAAGAUUAUGAAAAAGCAGCUGAGUUAUUCGAGAUUAACGACCAACCAUUACAAUGAGCUGAGUGCCUUAGAACCAUAGGGCAACUGGAGAAAGCGGCCAAAAUUUAUGAGGAGCACGGAGUGUAUCUGAGAGCAUUUGAGUGUUACGAAGAACUUGACUGGGAGUCACUGAUUCUAUGUCUCAGCAGAAACAAAGACAAAUUUAAUACUUCUGAAAGAGACAACCUCAUUAAUAUGUAUCUUCCCAAGGCUUUGAGUGGAAUAUACCAACAGCUAACUGAGAAUACAGAAGGUAAUGAACACAGGACUAAAAAUAUUGAACAAAAGUAUAAGAAUGCAAAUGCAAUUGCUGAAGAGUCAGACUUUUCAAGUGAUGAAGAAGGUUAUCAGGAUCAAAAUGAAGAAGAAAUCAAAGAUAAACAACAAGAUGAUGAUAAACAACAAACAGUAGAUGAGCAUUCCAAUGAUGAUGAAGAAAUCAUUGACACAUCAACGUACACAAAACAAGAAGAACGAGAAAAUAGCUUGAAAAUUGACAACAAAGAAGAAUCAAAGCAUGACACAUCAGGAAUCUCUGACUUUACUCUUUUGUCGAAAGCAGAAUUAGCUCACAACUUUGAUCACCUGUCGAACUUCGACCCAGAAGAUGAUUUUUUGAAGUCAGAGAACUCCUAUAGCAUUAUCGGCUCUGUGCUCUGUAAAGAUGAAGAAACUCUUUCUGAAUAUAGCGAUGUGUCUAUCAUUUCUGGAUCAAGAGUAAACCUAAUUAGAGGUGGAAAUGUUAUUCAGUCAUCCAUUGAUUACUUUGCCCACGAUAAAGUAAUCCAGAAGAUUGUGUUUUAUCUGAGUCUGUUCAGCGAUGACCUGAAGAAAUGUCUCGACCAACAAAGGUCGAAAUCAGAAAGAGUCACCAUCGAUGAGAAUGAGGAUGGUCUUGACUUCUUUGAACUUGAACUGGAUAAUCUUAACGAAGAAUUAGUAUCUACAACUCUUGAUAUGCUGGAGCAUUUCGAUUUGUUCAGACUUUGUCUUGUUCUUUGUAACAAGUACAAUCUCAAAAAUCAUAUCUCAAGAUACCUAACAUCUACAUGUUACAAGUAUUCAAAUCUGAAAUUGCUGGGUAUGAGCAAAAUAUUAUCGAUCAACUCCAAAGCAUUCAGAAAUUCUCAGAAGCAAGUGUCAGUGCUUGCAAAUGAAGCCAUUCAUAAUAUCCUCAAGAUCAUUGAUCCAUCUACUAUUCUGCAACAAUGUACCGAGGACUUGACAAAAGAGUCUACUUUACUGGGAGGAGAAAGCUGGAGAUACAUUUACUAUCUCGGGUUCUGGAAAAAACUCAUUUACCUCAUGGACACUCACAACGCUCUCAAGCUAGGAUACUCAGCCAGGGCGUUCCAAGACUUCAAGACAGUCUAUCUAAUCAAUUACUGGGCCGAGCUUACAGACGAGCAGAUCAAGAGCAAGAUCGAUGGCUCUGAUCCUAUGUGGAUCAAAGAAGACAACACAGCACUAAUUGAGUACUUGUGCAGAAAAGUUGCGCUUGAGGAAAGCACUCACAGUCUCAAUAAUGACAAUCUUCAUCCAGAAAUCCUUUGUAAUCGUAAUCUAAAUCUGAGCCUUAAGUCGCUAUCAGAAGGAAACAAAUCAGAGGCAAUCACUUUCAUGAUUGAUGCACUCAGAUCCUCUCAAAAGAAAUUCUCGCAGUUAUUGAGAAGCAGAGAUAAAAUUGGAUCAUGUCUUAAUGAGACCGACAGAUACUCUCCAGAGUAUUAUGACAAUAAGCAGCUUUUUAUUGGAAGACUUCUGCCUUUAUUUGAUAUAUUCAUGCUGUAUGGAAGAAUAUUUUCUGACCAAGAAGUCAGAAACAUUUUAAAAGAGACUUUCAAUGACAAUCCUGACAUUUUCUUUACAUGCAUCAAAAUGUCAAAAUUCUGCAUUGGCUUAGUUGAUAAUCUUACGAACGUGAUUUCAAGUUUCAGCCCAUUAGAGAUAACAGCUAUUCUGCAGGGACUCUUAGCACCCUUGAAUGUUAGGAUUCCUGAAGCCUCAGACUUGAUGCUAAACUCUAAUAUAGUUUGCCACAUGAACAGGAAAUCUCAAUUUCACAGACAACUUGAGAAAUAUAUCUCAAUGGUUAAGAACGAUAGAAAUAGCAAAGACUAUUAUGUAAAAGUUGAAGAAAUAGUUGACAAUAAUAGUUCCAUAGAGUUGAUCAAAACCUCUGUAGUUGACAGAAUCGCUGCAAAUAAGACUAAUUUAGUCACUAAAUCUCAUGAUUACUUGAGGUUAACAGUUGCUGAUAUUGAAGCAGAGUACAUAUCAUGUCCUCUCUACGUCAUCCUGUUCUGGUACAAGAAACUGUUUGUAUCAUUUGUGUCCCAAACAGUUGUGCAAGAAUCCCUCAUGGAGUUUCCAUCCUAUAACUUCAAUGAAAUGUUCAGCAAUGAGAACUAUAAUGAGGAUAUGCUUCCUCAGACAGUCAAAGAUGUGUACAAGUUAUCACUAGAAGUUUGAGCUGGACUUCUGAACAUCCAAUACACUCACAAUCUAGGAUGUGUGACUAGAUCUAAGAUUUAUGAAGAACAAUUCCAAAGAGAGCUGUACCCUCAGCAAUGGAUCAGCAAGUUUAUAAACAAACUCAAAUAUAAUGUGGACAGGAUGAAUAGAAUAGCUAAAAUCAACGGUGUUAUAUUCAGAGGUUAUGCUCCUUUGAAGCAUGGAGAAUACUAUGUGAUUAAAACAAUUGAUGGCAAAACGCUAUCUGAAAAUAAUCCAAAGCAACAACAGUCUGAAUUAGAGACUUUGUAUAAGAAAUCUUUCGUGAAUCUUACAUUGUUCGAGUCUCUUCAUAAUCUCCCUACCGACCGAUACUCUGGCAAAGCAUUCGGAAUCGAAGAGCAUGACUUCCUACUUCAAAGAGCUUUCGACUUGUUAGAUCAAUUCCUGAACAUUGAUAUUGUCGAAGAAGAUGGGUUUGACACCAAUCAAGAGUACAAGUUCAGAACCCUCAUCACCAUGGUUGAUAUCUUAAGCAAAAGUCAGAGAUUUGACAUUUUAAAGAAAUACUCAAAACUAAAAUGCUUGAGAGACACGUUCAAAAAUGACCCUUUCAAGAUGGAUCUCAUUGACAGAGUUCAGGGACUCAUUAAAGCAAUCGAGUUGUAUCAGUGCGACCAGUGGGAGAAGUCAAUCCAAGAGUAUAUGGAGUUCAUGAACCACAAUACUAAAAUUCUUAAAGAAGUCCAAUGGCUCAGAAUGUUUGAGAAAACAUGGUAUUUAGCCAUAGUAACAUUCUGGGCUGACCAAGGCAGCAUCUAUUUACCUGUAAAUGCAUUGAAUUACUUGCACGAAGAUGUUGAAGUCAUUGAAAACGAGCAAGAGCAUGAAGAGAGAUAUUUGAAGAUUCUCAACUACGAAAAGUGGAUUAAUCUUCCUCAAAGCCAAAAUAAGGACCCAUUGGGAUUCUUUAUUGCAAUGCUAAAGAAUUUUGAAACAAUGGCAAAUAGGUUCUUUGAAAAUACAUCAAUUCAUUACCAGAAGAUUAUGAUUGCAAUGUUUAACAUGUUUGGAACCCUAAUAAUUAACUGAGACAAAGUAUCAACAAGUCUGUGAGAUGCAAUUGGGUUCUAUCAGGACAUCAUUAACGAAGGAAUCAUUGACCAAAAUAACUCCAGCAAAUUCGAAGAGUACUUUCAUGACAUUGAAAGCUGUCAACAGUUCAAAGCAGAUUUCUCAGAAAUUGUUGAUUAUGAGAAAAAUGACACUUUGUAUCAUGAAGGAACCAAAGAUAAUAAUCAAUAUUUGGUGAUGCUUACAAUCAGAGAAGAAGAAAAUAAAACAGAAAAUAGUAUAGAUCUUAAGUAUAGCCAAUAUCUUCAUGAAGAUGCUCAGAGAAUCUUAUCUACAAGAACUCUAAUCAAGAAGUUGAAGCUACCCAUCAAGAAUUUUAACCUUAGUUUGAAGAGCACAUCUCACAUCAAAAGGAGCGAUUGUGUUAGUCCAACGACUUUCAAUUGGAUGUUAUUGGCAGGCAAUGUUUCUGCCCAUGAAGACCUUAAAGCUAUACAUGGUAGCUUUGCCAUUGAAUAUCUUAUUGACAAAUUCUACAACCUGCAGAACCAGUUGUUCAACAUCCUUCAUAACCACUAUACAAUCAGAAACUCAUUGGACACCCAUUUUGUGGUUACCAAACUUGACGAGAUCGAGAAGAUUCUAGUCGAGGCCAGGCUAGAACUAUCCUACAGAUCAGCCGAAAAUUCAAAGCUUGACGAGAGCUCCUCUAGCUCAUUCAAUCCCUUCAUCGAAAUCGGGUCCAACACCGAAGAACUAAAAUUCGUCUCUCCAGACUCCCCCUCCCACCUCUCCAAGCCCACUCUCUCCCAAAUAAUCUCAACUCUCAACUCUAAAUACACCUCCCUCAGCACCUCCCUCACUCAAUGGCUGCAGUCCCUCCCUCCCCCCACUCUCCAGUCAAUCACCACCCAGCACACUACCCUCACCAACAAACUUCGCUGGGAAAGCCUGAUCUCCUCCCGCACAAAUCUCCAAAGACUCCAAGCCAUUUACAAAAAAAUCAGGAACAAAUCUUAACCAGUUCAAGUACAGAGACCUGUCCAG